AUGUUUGCAGCAAAGGUACCCAAGGAGCCGUCUACUCCUUCUUCAGUUGUAGCAACUGAGAAGCAGGCACUGAUAGAUGAGAAGCAGGCACUGAUAGAUCGUAUGAUUGAAGACUCUAACAAAUGGUUAUCAGAGAUUCGACAAAGCAGAUCUAAAGGCAAGACACUGGACAGUCCGGAGGUGUCUAAUGCUAUAAAGAAUUUGUCUGGUGGGAUAGGGUGCAUCAUGGUAGUUGGUUUAAAGCUGUCUGAGAAAUUCCAGCUCGGAAAUAAAAUUUGUGCUCAGGUCUGUUGUGAGGGGAAUUUGUUGGACGACAUGAUUGCUUUUUGUCCCAAAAACCGAAAAAAUCUUCCAAACAUAUCGCAAGAAGAACUGAAUGUGUGGGAAUUUUUCAUGAACGCAACUAUAUUUUCCCCCGAUGUUUGUAAGAAGUUGUCAGCUGCUAAAGACCUUCUUUUAUACGCAAAGGAUGUUUUAGAUAUUUUAUAUGAUUCUUACACAACCUCAAAGAUAAAUAAUGCUCAAAGGACAGCAAUAGCGUAUAUAGGUGCUACAACUCAUAACAUGUGCACUUUCUGUGACGUCACAACCACCAGCGUACGGGCAGCAGGUUUCCUUCCCGUCUACCUAAAAUAUCUGGAAAGUGACGUCGUAAAAAAUGACCUCUUAAAGAGUGUUCCCCUUUUAGCAGCAGCAAGUGACAUAAUGAACGAAAAUGACGCAAGCAUGGCGGGAAGUCGUGCUGACGUAGAGUUUAUGAUGUGUGGGAUAGAGGAGUCCAUUCAGUGUCAAUCAGGACAGUUCAAUGGAUGGUUCGCAUUUGAGUUAGCAAAAAUUAUAGGAAAUCUUGCAAUAUUUGAUUCCAACAAAAAGAUUUUAGUUGAGUACGGUGUAUUACGUCCGCUCAACAAACUAGCGAAACAAACCGAGGAAAUAGAGCAACUAACCGCAACAAAAACAUUGGCACACCUUGCAUUCAAUGAUGACAACAAACAAACUUUUAUAUCGGAUGAAAAGACAGACAUUGUGACCACUCUGUUUAAUCUGGCCAAAUCGCCCUCAUUUCCCUCAGUCCGAGAAUCAGCAAGAGGUGUUCUAUGGACAUUAUCAGAACAACUUCAUUCCUCAAAGAAAUACGCAGAAAUAGCUGGAGAAUUCUUCCAGAAGAAAUCAAAAGGUCACGUGAUGAUCAGUUAUUCCCGAGAACAGCGCCCCCUGUUGCUACGAAUAAAAGAUGAAAUAACGAAGGCAGGGUUUACUGUGUGGAUGGACAUUGAACAAAUGCGAGACAAUGUGUACGAUAGAAUGGCAGAAGCCAUUCAGAACGCCUCUGUUGUUUUGAUUUCUAUGUCCUUUAGCUACCAAAGAAGUGAAUACUGCAGAAGAGAGGCUGCAUAUGCAUCAUCAUUAAAAAGGGCGCGAAUCCCACUGUUGGUGGACCCGGAGUACGUAGCUGAGGGCUGGCUUGCUCUCAUGACUGCCGGAGAUUAUCAUUAUGACUUCGUGAAAAAACCAUUUGAAAUGAAAAUAGAGGAGUUGAUUCGAGAACUUGGAAGAAAAUGUUUAAAAGAUCAAGAAGAUUCAACAGAUGGAAGCGAUAAGGAUAUUAUAACUCCCCAACAAACGCUAGUUACUUCUUUCCACGGACAGCCCAGCUACACCCUUCCGCGGCCAUCAUCUCACGGUCAGCCGACUUAUAGUAUACCACCAAUAAAAGAAAAGGACUCAGUUCAAAACAAGAAAAGCGGGAAAAGAUGGAAGAAAUUUGCUAAACUGAACAAAGAACAAGUUAUAACUUGGUUGGAUAAGCAUCAAUUGCCCAGAGAAGUGUUCGAAAGUUACAGAGCUAAAGACAUUGUCUUUUUAGCACAAAUGAAGGAAGAGGCGCCAGAGGUCUUCUAUAAACACGUGAUGAAGAUUUCAAAAACUAAAAACAAGUUAGAAGCCCUUCAGUUAGCAACGGAUUUUACAAGAGCCCUUGACCAUUUAAAGAUUUCGGAUGAUGGAAAAUAAACAAAGCAAAUGCAUAGAACUUUACGUAUCUUUUUAAUAUAAUAAUUACAAAUGUUAACAUG